AAUUAUUCGUUUACUCAUUUCAGAGAGAGAGAGAGGGAGAGAGAGAGAAGCUAUUCUAACUUAUAAGUUCUGUGUAAAGAUCAAUCUACGAUUUAGAGUACUUUCACUAUCUGGGUAUCAGAUAUGUAUAUACGGCUUGUCAUCGAUUUAUGUAGCCAUAUAUCAUAUGGUGUUGCUAAGAUCAAGGGUUUUUUGUUCCAAGCAUAGAGGAGGAAGAACAAUAGUAGGAGUUGCAAGAAAAACUAUUCAAUUUUGUGAAUAUUUGGUGGUUUAAUUCCACCAAUAAUUAACAUAUAGAGUCAUAGAGGAAAGAAACUGUUUCUUUUCUCUUCCUGCUGCUUCAAGUUGUAAUCUUAAAAUCCAGUUUCAAAGGCAAGUUUGGAAGGAUUAUGAGGAUGGAAGAAGAGAGACAUGGCUCAUCGGAAUGUUCAAAGACAAGCCCUUCUAACGAAGAAGAUUGUGAAGAAAGUGAGGGCUAUGAAGAUGAAAGCAAGCAAAACAACAAUAAUGGAGGAAGCUCAAGCAACAGCACUGUGGAAGAGAACGAGAAGAAGACAACAGUGAGGCCCUAUGUUAGAUCCAAGAUGCCAAGGCUACGUUGGACACCUGAUCUUCAUCUUCGCUUUGUUCAUGCUGUUCAAAGACUUGGAGGACAAGAGAGAGCAACCCCAAAGUUAGUUCUUCAGUUGAUGAAUAUCAAAGGUUUAAGUAUUGCUCAUGUCAAGAGCCAUCUACAGAUGUACAGGAGCAAGAAGGUAGACACAAAUCAAGUAUUGGCUGAUCCUAGGUUUCUUGUAGAAACUGGAGACAGAAAUGUUUACAAUCUUAGCCAACUUCCCAUGCUUCAAGGCUAUAAUCCAAGCCAAAGUUCAUCAUACAGAUAUGGAUAUGGGGAUGCUUCUCUCGCUAUCUAUGAAAACAUGGUGCACAGGCCUUUCAUGAAUAGAAGUUCAUUAGAUGAAUCUGGAGCUGAAUUUUGUGGCAGCAGAUUAACUGAGAGAAUCCAUGGGACCAAUAGUAACAUCAAUUGGACUCGUAACAUGUUCCAAGCUGAUUCUUCUUCUAGUUUCAAUGAACCAUCAACAAGCAAAGUCCAAGAACCAAAACAUAAGUUCUUCUCAUUUGGUGGUAAUGAAUCCUCAUGCACACAAAUCAAAAUGAGCCAGGUUGAUCUACAUCAAUCAACUCAGCUGCAACCAGGUGCACAAGAGCUCAUGCCUAAUAAUAAGUUUGCAACAAAUGAGGUGGAACUGAAGACCUUGAAAAGAAAGGCUUCAGAUAUUGACCUUGAUUUGAAUCUGUCACUUAAGUUAAAUUCAAGGGUCAAUGCUGAGAACCAAGGAAGCAUGGUGGACCAUGAAGUUGUUGAUAGCAAUCUAUCACUUUCUUUGUGUUCACAAUCCUCCUCCUUUAGCAGCAACAGGUUGAAAAACUCACAAGAUCACUCUAAGGAGCAAGGGGAAAUUAUUAGAGCCAGUGCUCUGGAUCUAACUAUAUGAAUGAGACAAACUCUAAGUGAGAUCCUGAGGUACCUGUCAGAAAUUAUGCAUAUUGUAACCAAUUAUUACAUUUAACUGACACAAAUAUAUUUUCUUCUUGUCUCUAUAUGAACAGUGAAUAACAGUUUGUCUACUAUUAAAUAGUGGCACUAGCUAGUUGCUAAGAAUCAUUAUCUCGACACCAGUGUUAGUAGUUCUACACUUCUGUCACAGAAAUGCUAAAAGAGAAAGUUCAGACAA